AUGAAGGGCCUGCUUUGUGUCACUGUCCUUGUGCUGCUCUCGCUGGCGCACAGCUCCCGUGCUGUCUAUGUUCAGGAUGGAGACUUGAAAUUCUCCCUGGAGUCCGUGAAGAAGCUGAAGGAGCUCAUGGGCAAGAGCAGCGACAUCAACCCCCGCAUGAAGAGUAUCUGGGUGCCCUGUGAAGAAGAAGAUCUCCCCGAAGAGUUCCAGAGUGUGUGUGAAAGAACAGAUGCACCCGUGGUGUUUGAGAGGCUGAACAUGGCUGUCCAAGAGCUCGACCUGUGUGAAAUCUGUGUCAACGCAGCCUGUGCCGGCUGCUUAUGAAGAAGGACAA